AGGAAGAGCAGGCUCAAUUUUCCAAUUACUAUGUUUUACUUUAUGGUAUCAGAGCCUCCGUUAGCAGCCUAGUGAAAUAACUUCUCCUUCUCCUCAAAACCAAACUUACGUUCUUAACCCAAGUGAUAAUCCUGGAACCGUUAUUACACAUGUAGUUCUAAAGGGCUAUAAUUAUGAAGAAUGGGCCAGAGGAUUUAGAAUUUCCCUGCGUGCCAAACGAAAGCUGAUGUUCAUAGAUGGCUCUCUGAAGCAAGCAGUCGAGGGUUCUCCCGAAACUAAGGACUGGUGGACAAUAAACUCCAUGGUUGUUGCAUGGAUAUUCAAUACAAUUGAUGCUUCUCUUAGAACUUCGAUUUCGUAUCGGGAUGUCGCUUGCGAUCUGUGGAAAGACAUUAAAGAACGGUUUUCUGUCGGCAAUGGGGUCAAAACUUAUCAAAUCAAGACUGAACUGUCUGAUUGCAAACAGAAAACCGGUGAGACGAUCAUGAGCUAUCUCGGUCGGUUGAAAAAGUUGUGGGAUGAUAUGAAUGAUUUUGACGUUUUGCCCGUAUGCAUUUGUACUGGUUGCAAAUGUGAUUUAACCACGAAGCUUUGCCAGAGACGUGAUGGAGAUAAAGUACGAGACUUUCUGAUGGGGCUUGAUUCCUUUUAUGCCUCCGUCAGGUCCAGCCUAUUAGGCAUUGACCCUCUGCCUUCUCUGAAUGUCGUGUAUGCACGACUAAUCCAGGAAGAAGAGGUGUGUACUAUUAUUGGUGGUCAUGUGUACUAUUAUCGGGGGGGAACACGACCACCGAGCAGCUCCACGACUUGCACUUUCUGUUCAAAGCCAGGACAUACUGAAGACCGGUGCUUUGCUAAGCAUGGCUAUCCAGAAGGAUGGUUGGAGCGUCGACGCAAUACACACAAGUCACGUGGGCCCUCCAGUAGCGCUUCCGGAGGAUUCACCGCCACCUCUUCGGGACAGCAACCCAAAGCAAAUGUCGUUCAAGCCGGCAAUAUUACUACUGAUCUUAACGAGCUUCGAUUGAAUGGACCAAGUAUCGAGGAUCAAGAUUGGUGUGGGUGAGCAGCAUGGGGGGCUGUUCUACUUAGCGAUGGGGGAACGAGUGCGUAUCAAUAAGGCAACACAGUUGGAUGUUGGAGACUUGUUGCAUGCGCGUCUGGGACAUUCCUCGUCGCAAAUUAUGAAAUUGUUACCUCAAGUUAGUGAUCAUUUUGACAGAAGUAAUAAUAAGCCAUGUGAUAUUUGUUAUCGUGCUAAGCAGACUCGUUUGAAUUUUCCUUUGAGUAAUAAUGGAGCUGCCAAUUUAUUUGAUUU